AUGGCUAGCUGGUAUCACUACUAUGAUACUGACUACUAUGUUCUGGAAGAAUAUGAGAGGGAAAUAAACCCUGAAUCUGAGCAAAGUGCAGCAGCGGCAGCAGAAGGUGGCCACAGUGAAGGAGCUGUAGGCCUCAUGGACAACGUGAAGCCUGAGGGCCACCUGAAUCAACUGGAUGUCAUGAACCAAGAGGGUGAAGUGAACCAGGAAGGAGAUGUGAACCAGGAAAACAACAGUGACCAUGAAGAUGAUGACGAUGACCAGGAUCCCCAGCAGGAGGACCUUGAGGAGUCAGUGGCUCCUCCGUCCCGUCGCAGGGGGCGGCCACGAAUCCCGUUUCAGUUCACGCCAUGGCAGUUGGAUGAACUGGAAAGUGUUUUUGAGGAAACUCAGUACCCUGAUCUGCUCACAAGAAGAGAGCUUGGAAGACAAAUGAAUGUUCCAGAAGCCAAAGUGCAGACAUGGUUUAACAAUAGGAGAGCCAAAUAUAGGAAAAGUCAGAGGGAAUCAAUGCUCAGAUGUAUUCCACCUGGUGUCCCAGACUACAUUUUCAUGACAGAUGUGGAGGAACCCUAG